AUGCAUAUGAAGAGAACGGCCGCGGCCCUUUCCAUCGCCGCGAGGCUGCAAAUAGCAAAUGCAGCCGUCCUAGUGGCUGCACCACGUCAAACCGCUGCAAUCCCUUCCUGGGACUUGCAGUCGUCAGCCGUGGUCGCGAACGACCCCGCCAGUCUUUCACAGACAGGUCUCAACACCACGUCAUGGCACCAUGUCCCAGUCUCCAAAUGCACGCUCAUGGGAUGCCUGAUCGAGGCCGGGGUGUACACAGAGAAAGAGCUAUUCUACUCUGACAACCUGCGCCGAGUCGACGGGAACCAGUUUCUGGUGCCAUGGAUUUAUCGCCAUGAGUUCUUGCUCGACCCUGGACCGGGCCACCACUACUUUCUGCGGACACACGGCAUCUCAUCUCGGGCCGACAUCUUCCUCAACGGCAGGCAAGUGGCCGCUUCAUCCGAGCAGGCCGGCUCAUACGUCGGCCGGACCUACGAGAUCACGAAUCUUGUGGGCAAGGAAAACGCGCUGGCCAUCCAGGUCUAUCCGACCGACUACUAUCGCGACCUUGCGCUGGGCUGGGUCGAUUGGAACCCCUGGCCGGCCGACAACGGUACCGGUGUCUGGCGAGAUGUUGAGGUCAAGCUGACGGGUCCCGUCAAGCUGGACCCGAUGCGCGUCGUCACACAUCUCGGCACACCACUUGAAACGGCACCAGCCAACGUGACUAUCAAGGCCAAAGUGCACAAUCUCGAGGACAGACCCGUCACCGUCACAGCAGCGGGUCUCCUCACCCCGGUAUCCGGCGGUCGCCUCGUCGGUUGGAACCAAACCUUCACCCUCCCGCCGCUCUCCGCCACCGACCUCAUCCUCAGCAAGACCAUCACCAACCCCAAGAUUUGGUGGCCCCGCCAAUGGGGCGCCCAGCCGCUAUACAAGGCCACCCUCACCCUCCACGUUGCCAAUUUCCAUCAUCCAUCCGACCACGCCACAGUAACCUUCGGCCUGCGCACCAUCACCACGACUCUCAACGCCCACAACGACAUAACCUUCCACGUCAACACCCGUCCCUUCCAAAUCCUCGGCGCAGGCUACACGCCGAACCUCUUCCUGCGCUCGUCCCCUUCCGACUGGGACACAACGCUGCAAUACCUUCUCGACCUCGGUUUCAACACGAUCCGCCUCGAGGGCAAGAACGAACACCCCUGGCUGUACGCCGCCGCCGACCGGUUGGGGGUGAUGAUCCUGCCCGGGUGGGAAUGUUGCGAUAAGUGGGAGGCGUGGGAGUACAACGCCGACUUGGGCGUGCAGCCCGUGCCCAUGUGGUCGGAUGCGGACUAUGAUAUUGCGAGGCGGAGUAUGCUACACGAGGCGGGCAUGAUGCAAGCGCAUGCGAGCGUGCUGGGGUUUUUGAUUGGGAGUGAUUACUGGCCCGAUGAAAGGGCUACGAGGGGGUAUUUGGAGGCGUUUGAGACGGUGGACUGGGAGGGACCUGUGAUUGGGUCGGCGUCGAAGAGGGGGUUCUCGGAGCAGACGGGCCCGUCGGGGAUGAAGAUGGAGGGGCCGUAUGACUGGGUUCCGCCUGGGUACUGGUGGAAUACGGAGCCCGCUGAGGAGAGGAGGGGCGCGGCGUUUGGGUUUGGGUCGGAGCUUGGGGCCGGGGUGGGCACGCCCGAGUUGGGGUCGUUGCGGGAGUUUUUGACGGGUGAGGAGAUUGAGAGUUUGUGGAGGAAUCCGAAUCGAAGUCAGUUUCACAUGUCGAGGGAGACGUCGCAGUUUGAGACUAGAAAGAUUUACAAUGCUGCGCUGUGGAAGCGGUGGGGCGCGCCAUCGAGCCUGGAGGACUACCUGAUAAAGGUGCAGCUGAUGGAUUAUGAGGCGACCAGGGCGCAGGUUGAAGCGUACAGUGCCAUGUGGAACGCUAAGAGGCCUGCGACGGGCAUGAUCUACUGGAUGCUCAACAAUGGCUGGCCGAGCUUGCACUGGAACCUCUGGGAUUACUACAUGCGGCCGGCGGGGAGCUACUUCGGGGCCAAAGCUGGUGGGAAAGUGGAGAACACGGCGUUUGACUAUGUGAAAAGGGAGGUGUGGCUGGUCAACCGGUCGUUGGACAAGGGAGGGGCAAGGAAGAUCGAGGUGGAGGUGAUGGAUAUGCAUGGCAGGUCGGCGUACAAGGGCACGGCAGUGGUCACGACGGCCCCAAACAGUAGCCAGAAAAUCCUGUCCCUGGAUGAGGCGUUUGGGAAUGUCACGGAACCAGUCUUUCUUCGGCUCCUCCUCUGGGAUGCGCAAGGUCGAGAGCAGCUGCUGAGCCGGAAUGUCUAUUGGGUCGCCAAGGACGAGGACGUGCUGGACUGGGACAAGUCGGAAUGGUAUGUGACACCCGCUAGCAAGUAUUCCGACUACACAGCCUUGAACCGGCUUUCACCAGCACAAGUCGCGGUUUCUACCGCAAAGGGCAAAACCAGUACGGUCGACAUCACCUUGGAGAACAAGUCAGCGGUCCCGGCGUUUUUCGUCAGCCUGAAACUGGUCGACUACCAGGGACGAGAUGUCUUACCGGUUACGUGGGAUGACAAUUACGUCACAGUGUGGCCUGGUGAGAGCUUGGCGGUACAGGCGAAGGCGCCGAAGGGAGUAGACAAGGAAAACUGGCAGCCAUCGCGGGUGCUGGUAGGAGGCAAGAACGUUGACCAGGGGGGAGUGGACUUGAACUGA